CUGCCCCACACCUCCAUGGCCGCCGCCCGCACCCAACAUGGCCGCCGGUGCCUCAGGGCGCGGCUCGCGCGCAUGCGCGGUGCCAUGCUGAGGGUGCUGCUGAGGGCACCGCCGCUAUGGCGGCCCCGCUGCCCCCCGUGCGGCCUGAGGGGCACGGCCCGCACCGCCCCGGGACCUCCCUGCAGGGCCCGCACCGCCCCGGGACCUCCGUGCGGGGCUGUUCGCCCUGCCCGCACCGCUCCCGGACCUCCCCACCCGGCCCACACCGCCCCGGGACAGCGCUGCGGCCCGGCCCGCCCGCUCUGCACCGCCCCGGGGCCGCCGCCGGCCACGCACUAUCGCCUGGUGUACACCUGCAAGGUGUGCCAGACCCGCUCAGCCAAAUCCAUCUCUAAGGCCGCCUACCACCGAGGGGUGGUGAUUGUGACAUGUCCUGGCUGUGGGAACCACCACAUCAUCGCCGACAACCUGGGCUGGUUCUCCGACCUGGAGGGAAAGAGGAAUAUCGAGGAGAUCCUGGCAGCCAGAGGGGAGAAGGUGACACGUGUGGCUGGCGAGGAAGCCCUGGAGCUGCUGCUGGAGAGCUCGGCAGAGCCCCAAGGCCAGCUGGCAGAGGGGGACGACGGGGAAGCUCCCCCAGAUCCUGGCAGCAAGGGACACACCUGACACAAGGGACUGUGGCCUGUGGGACAGAUGUGACACGUGAGAUUGUGGCCUGUUGGACAGACCUGCCACCUGGGAUCUGGGACAUUCUGCUUGUGGCAAGAGACUCUUCACCUUCAUUCCCUGAUUUCAACUGUCUGUAUCUAAAAUAAACUCGGGUGUUGGGUUUUC